AUGUCAUUGAUGCAACGUACCGGCCGCGGAUUUCCCUUCCUGAACCGCGCCCUCGAUGAAUUCGACACCUUUCUACGUCGUCCCUCGACGGCCACCGACGUCUUCAAUUACUCCCCACUAUUCGACGUCCGCGAGACCAAAGACAAAUACUAUCUCGACGUGGACGUCCCCGGCGUGGAAAAGAAAGACAUCAAUAUCCAGUUCUCCGAUCCCAAUACACUCCAGAUCAAAGGCCAUUCCGAGCAUGACAAGUCCGAGGAGGACCCCGAGCACUCUUGGCUGUAUUCCGAGCGCUCGGUGGGGGAUUUCAGAAGAUCUUUCUGUUUUCCCAGCCCCGUCGAUGAUGAUCGUGUCCAGGCAACUUUGAAGAAUGGUGUUUUGUCUAUUACGGUUCCCAAGGCCGGGGAGCCGUCUUCUACAAAGACUAUUGAGAUCGAGUAA